AUGGAAACUCCGACUACCAAGAACCCUAGGACCAACUCGCCCGACGAGCAACCUUUCCGUGUCGUGAAGCGGCCCAGAAACCGUUCCUCGUCAUACUCCUCUGCAUGUUCUUCCUCAUCCAAAUCCCAAUCCCCAAGACCCGAAACUUUUCUACCUAUAUUCACUGCACUUAUCCUAAAUAUCCCCACCAAAUUUGCAAACCAAAAAGACCUGUUCACCACCCUAAAAAGCCUGCCAUCCUUUCUUUUCCUAUCACUUACCGUCUUUCGAGACAACAAGGCCUUGGUCACUUCUCGUGAUCCUGACCUUAUAAACAAACUAAAACCCUUACGAUCCUUGUUAUCUGAAAAGAUACAGAUCCAAUUGCAUGAAAAGAAAUCCAAAAAGACCCUACUACCUACUCCCAACACCCGCAAUCACAAACCUACAUUUUCCUGUGUAGCCCGCUCAGUAGACUUAAACAUCUCUUCUACUGAUAUCCUCACCGCUCUCAAGGAGCAAAACAUUGAAGCCAAAAACGCCUGGCGCAUUAAGUCCAGGCAAACGGGCAAGGACACAUUCUUGUUCCGUAUAAUCUCCACUUGCCCUAAAUCGAUUGACACCCUUUUAUCAAAAGGCUUCAAGAUGUUCUCCCGCAACUACCGUUGCGAACCGUCCCAGUCUCCCGGCCCUCAGCCACUUCAAUGCGGAAAAUGCUUCGCAUUUGGACACAAUUCUACUUCGUGUCAACAAAAACCGCUCUGCUACCGCUGCGGAUUAAAACACGACCCUGCAACCUGCACAUCCUCUCCCUCGUGCACCAACUGCAAGGGCAAACACCUUGCCUUUGACAUUAAAUGUCCCAAGCGUCCUGAUCCAAAAACCCUUACUCCUUCCAAGACAGCCCCGGUUAAGUGCGUAGACCCGCCUGCCGAAGAAAUCUCUGACGACGACGAUUCAUCUACAGAACUGACAUCAAAUCCCGAACCCGAACGUUUCACUAGGAUCGAAGACGUCAUUCGAUUUACCUACCUAUGCAUGUCAUCCCUAAACCCGAACUCCAGGCUCGUCGAAGACGUAGUAGCCCGACACGCCGCCCAAUUUUUCAGGCGCAAAGUGUCGUACGUCAUGCGCGGCAGCCACGUACAUAUCUCAAUCACCCAUCUGAAAACCCCAAAGACCUUCUCCCAUUCCUAA